GGCCCGGCCGGUACCCGGCCUAGCGCGCGGGAGAAGCCGCCAGGCCGCAGCCCACCCGCCCCGGGCUCGGGAGAGGUGCAGCCCCCGGCCCCUAAGCCCUCCCGGGGGCGCCAGGAAGCUGCCUUGGACCUGUCCUCAGGAAAACGUGGUCUCAGCUGUUGUGGUGGGGGGAGGCUCGAGCAGGCCUCAGUCCCUCUCCCUGACCCGAGGAGAGGCCCGGCGCCUCACCCUCACCCCGUCUUUGUGCAGGGCGCCGGCGGCCAUUGUGUCCGUGCGGGGAAUGGAGGACCCGGCAAUCCCCCCCCACCGCCGCCACGUCCAGGGCCUUUGGGGAAUUCAGAGAAAAUCAGCGGUGUUUCUGGGGGGUCCCCGGUCGUCAGCCUCCCGGAAAGGCCCGGGGAUGGCCUUUCCGAAGUCAGACCGCAGAUCCGAGGCAGUUUCCCCCUCCCUCUGUCCCUUCUCGAAACCUUGAGCCCCAUUGAGAAGUCCCUGCAGGGUUUCGGAAGCCUUACCCUGAGCUGGUACUUAAAUAGAAACAACAACAACAACAAAACCCUAAACCCCACACCAGCCACCUCCGGGAGAGUUCUCCUGGCUCCCAGUAGGAGGCGGAGAGCCAAGGGGCGUGCAAGAGCGAGGGGGCUGGGCUCCCGGGUGGCAGGAGGCCGCUGCCGAGUGGCCGCCCUCGAUCCGGGCGAUGGAGGAGGAAGCAAGCGAGGGGGCCGGUUCCUGAGCUUCGUAAUUCCUGUGUCGCCUUCUGCGCUCCCAGCCUGCCGGGUCGCAUGAUCCCUCCAGCCGGAGCUCCUUUUUUUGCCAGCCGCCGUGAGGCCGGCUGAGUUGCCGGCAUCCCGGCUGCCACCUCUUCUCCCGACCUAUGUUACAAAAGAUCUUCCCGGGGUUGCACCUGCCUGCGGUUGCCUGAGACGGAUUUGAAUAACCCUAUCUUGGCUUUGGAUCUCAGAAGAGAACCACUAAGCAGAGACCAGACUCAGUGAGUGAGCAGGUGUUUUGGACAAUGGACUGGUCGAGCCCAUCCCUAUUAUAAAGAUGUCUCAGAGCAACCGGGAGCUGGUGGUUGACUUUCUCUCCUACAAGCUUUCCCAGAAAGGAUACAGCUGGAGUCAGUUUAGUGAUGUGGAAGAGAACAGAACUGAGGCCCCAGAAGGUACUGAAUCAGAGAUGGAGACCCCCAGUGCCAUCAAUGGCAACCCAUCCUGGCACUUGGCGGACAGCCCUGCGGUGAAUGGAGCCACUGGCCACAGCAGCAGCUUGGAAGCCCGGGAGGUGAUCCCCAUGGCAGCGGUGAAGCAAGCUCUGAGGGAGGCUGGGGAUGAGUUUGAACUGAGGUACCGGCGGGCAUUCAGCGACCUGACAUCCCAGCUUCACAUCACCCCAGGGACAGCAUAUCAGAGCUUUGAGCAGGUAGUGAACGAACUCUUUCGGGAUGGGGUGAACUGGGGUCGCAUUGUGGCCUUUUUCUCCUUCGGUGGGGCACUGUGCGUGGAGAGCGUAGACAAGGAGAUGCAGGUAUUGGUGAGUCGGAUCGCAACUUGGAUGGCCACUUACCUGAACGACCACCUAGAGCCUUGGAUCCAGGAGAACGGCGGCUGGGACACUUUUGUGGAACUCUACGGGAACAAUGCAGCGGCCGAGAGCCGGAAGGGCCAGGAGCGCUUCAACCGCUGGUUCCUGACAGGCAUGACUGUGGCUGGCGUGGUUCUGCUGGGCUCGCUCUUCAGUCGGAAAUGACCAGACACUGACCACCCACUUACCCUCCUACCCUACCUGUCCUGCCCCUACCAUAUAUCCCUUUGUCCAGCCACUAUUGCCACCAGGAGAACCACUACAUGCAGCCUCUGGCCACCUACCCAUCACAGGGUUGGGCCUAGACCUGGUCUCCCGCAAUUAGUUGUCUAGAAUCUACCAUGCUUCUGUGAGAGCCGCCUUCCCUACAUCUCAGUUCUCCUGGCCUCAGAACCCACAAGGUUUCCCCAAAAUCUGCCCCAUGGAAGCUGGCAGGUGUGGGGGUGUUUGUAGCUGGGAGCUGGAGGGCCCUGCCUGAUUAGUGGAACCCCCAACCCCUUAGCCUCCCUAAGAAUGCUUUCCUGCCAGGGAGCUGGAGAGUUUUCUGACCUUUUUCCCCAGAAGGAGAGACUAGAUUGCCUUUGUUUUGAUGUUUGUGGCCUCAGAAUUGAUCAUUCCUUUCCCCUUCCAGGACCUAGGCUCCCUUUCCUUUCAUCCCCACCUUCCCAAGAGCCACUUAGGGGCCACUUCUGACUAAUUAGGGAUUCAAGCUGCUUGGAAUAAAGAAACAAGGACCAGGACCCCCUCCCCACCUCUGGCCUGGCCAAAGUCCCUGACCCCAAUCCCAGUGUCCUCCAGAAGCCUCUGGCUAAAGGCCAGCCCCACCUGGGAAGGAAGGGGCUGUAGCUGCAGGAAGUGCCCCAUGCCAAAGUUGGGGUGGCCCUUGCAGUUUAGCACCACCCCAGUUCCUUUCCCCUUCCCCUCCCUUGGCUCCCAUCACCAUAACUGAGGGACCAACUGGGCCCAAGGCAGGUGCCCCAGAGCUGUUGAUGGCCUCAGCUGCCUCACUUCCUGCAAGAUGAUCAGCCUGUGGCACCUUUGCCUUGGGCUGCCGCCCAUGGAGUCCAGGGAUUUGGGGGCCUUGGCCCAGAGGUGAAGGGGAGCUACAGGGAGCAGCUGUGGGAGCCCUAGAGUCUUCCCUACCUCAGGCAGGAAAGGCAGGAGGGAGACUGUGAUGCACAGGGUGAAGGUGGGGGUGGGAGGAGGGGUCGGUCCUACCUGGCCAAACAGAUGUGUGCCCCCCCCCCCCCCAUUCAGCCUGGGCUGCCGGGCUGCCAAGGUCAGAGUGGCCUGGCCAGGAGUCCUUCAGGCCUCCCUCUCCUCUACUCCACCCAUGGCCUGUCUCGUCCCUGGGGGUCCCGGCCUACCCCUGGCCAUCCCGGGCUCUCUGCUGUACAUAUUCGAGACUAGUUUUUAUUCCUUGUGAAGAUGAUAUACUAUUUUUGUUAAGCGUGUCUGUAUUUAUGUGUGAGGAGCUGCUGGCUUGCUGUGCGUGUGCACGUGGAGAGCUGGUGCCCGGAGACUGAGCGGCCUGAUGCUCCCUCCCCUGCCCUGGUCUGGGGAAGCCAGCUGGGGGUCCUGGCUCCUGAGGGGCACCUGUCCCCCCCCCCCCAGCCCCCACCCCACACUUGUUCCAGCUCUUUGAAAUAGUCUGUGUGAAGGUGAAAGUGCAGUUCAGUAAUAAACUGUGUUGACUCAGUGA